CAGUCACUGGCCUCGGCAUGAAUAAUGAGAACUCAGAAUAUACCUCAUACACGUCGUUUCCCCGCAUAAGAAGGGUUCAAUGCGUUUUUCGUGUUUCUCCAGAUAUUUAAGUGCCAAUUACCCGGUGUUAUGGUGACUGCGAUGCACUACCAAGAAACAAGCAUAACCUGCCAACAUGCAAGCACCACAAGAAAUUUACGACCUGAUUGUCUCCCAGGUGGAUGACGUCGAUAGCCGGCCUUGGGCGGUGCCGACACGACAAUACAUGAUUCCAUCCGACGAGCUUCGACACCAGCUGGCGACGCUGCGGCUGGUUAACCGUGCCUUCUGUCGCAGUGCCUCGCCGCGUCUCUUCCGACACCUCCGCGUUGUCGCCAAAUCUUCACAAUCCAAGACCUCCCAAUCGCCGCUUGUAGGCCUCGUAGAGCUCUCCCACGGGCCCUAUGCCGACUACGUGCGCCAAGUGGACAUCGGGCUCGAGGACGACACAGAGCACUCGGAGGAGUUCUGCUCCAUGUUCCUCGAGGACCUGGCGGGCGUACUACCCUCGUGCCUGCACCGACUGCCCCAACUCAAGGCGCUCGACUUUCAGGGGUUUCCCGGCUCGUCACCCGAGGCUACCGCCCGUGAGUUGGUCAAUACCGUCAUCCGCAGCCUCCGCUACACGCCACUGCCGAACUUAACCGAGCUGGAGAUCGCCUUCCCCAUCACUCACGACUUCGCCCACUUCUUCCCCGCCAAGACCAUCAGCUCCAGUGCCUUGCGCAUCUCCAUCGAGCAUGUCCUUCAGCACCUCGACCACCUGGGCCUUCGCAUAACUGCCUCCCCCAGCGAUGCACAGCCAUCACAUCAGCCGGCGGGUCCGGCCCAGAACGCGGCCGCAUACGCCCUCUUGCCGAACCAAGCUCACGCCCACUGGCUCUUCAAGAUGAUCCGGCACGCCAGCCACCUGAAGUCCCUCUCCAUCGCCGGCUCCGAGACCCUGGACCUCGACGGGGCCUCCUUCAGCCGCUCCCUUCGCCUGGAAUCGAUCCACCUCCACCGGGUGUCCAUCUCGUCCUACAAGCUCCUGUCGCUGGUUGAACAAUGCAAGGAUUCCAUCCGACACAUUGAGCUCCGUCAGGUGCAGCUCAACUCGGGCGAAUGGCAACACGUGCUGUCGCGCAUGACGCACCUGCCGGGGCUGGUGAGCUUCGUGAUCAAGUCGUGCGGCUACUCGUCGACGGGGGCGGGCGCUGCCUACGCACACUCCAGCGGGGGCUCGUCGGCGGCGGUGAUGAAGACGACGAACUCGACCGAGAUCCUGGCGCUGGGCGCCUUGCAGCGUCGGGUUCACGAGAACCGGGUGAACUGUGGGCGGGUUCCGGUGCGGGAGACGGAGUGUCGACGGAGACUGAAGAGCAUUUGAGUUAUUAGCGUUGUGGCAUCAUCCCCCUGCAUUGGAUUGUCUGCAUUAAUAAUGGUAGCAUGGUUGCUGUCGGCCCACAGCGACGAAAGAAAAGUAAUGACUAACUGACUAGCAUAUUAUCGUGAUUAUUUUCGGUCCAGUAGCUUUUUCUCAUCUUGCAUUUUCUGACUAGUGAGCAC